CCCCUUUUCCCCAUCCCGGGUCCCGAUCCCGGUUCCUGGUCCCGGUCCCCGAUCCCGGUUCCUGAUCCCAUUCCCGGUCCCAUUCCUUGUCCCCGGUUCCCAUCCCCGGUUCCUGAUCCCGGUUCUCGAUCCCCUUUUCCCCAUCCCGGUUCCCAUUCUCGGUUCUUGAUCCCAUUCCCGAUCUCGGUCCCCGAUCCCGAUCCCAUUCCCGGUUCCCCAUUCCCGAUCCCCUUUUCCCGAUCCCGGUUCCCAUUCCCCGUUCCCAUUCCCGAUUCCCGAUCCCGUUCCCGAUCCCGGUCCCAUUCCCGGUUCCCCAUUCCCGAUCCCCUUUUCCCGAUCCCCUUUUCCCGGUCCCCUUUUCCCGAUCCCGGUUCCCAUUCCCGUUUCCCGGUCCCCAUUCCCGAUCCCGGUCCCCACUCCCGAUCCCGGUUCCCCAUUCCCGAUCCCGGUCCCCAUUCCCGAUCCCGGUCCCCUUUUCCCGAUCCCGGUCCCCACUCCCGUUUCCCAGUCCCCAUUCCCGUUUCCCGGUCCCCAUUCCCGGUUCCCGCUCCCGCUGCCGUUCCGUGUCGAUGCAUGCGGAGCUGCGGGGCCCGCCGGGCUCGGGCUCGGUGCCGGGGCUCGGUGCCGGUGUCGGUGUCGCUGCCGGACGGGCAGCCCGUGGUGCUGGGCCGGGGGCCGCUCACCGGAAUCACCGACAGAAAGUGCUCCCGAACGCAGGUGGAGGUCGUGGCCAACUAUGCUGAGGGGACCGCCCUGGUCACACAGCACGGAGUGAACCCCAGCUCGGUGGGGGGGGUCGAGCUGGGCCGGGGGGGCCGCGGGACCCUCCGUGCUGGGCAGAGCCUGUUCCUGGUGAACGGGAGGUACCCCCUGGAGCUGCACUUCGAGGGGUCCCCGAAACGCCCCCCAAAACGGCCCCCAGCCCCCCGAGGAGCCCCCGGCCAAAAGCUCAGCUCCCCCAAAACGGAGGGGGUGGGAAGAAGUUUGGGACCCUCCUGGUUUACACCCCCGGAGGUCCGGCCCAGCACGAAGAUCGCGGGGUUCGACCUGGACGGGACCCUCAUCACCCCCCUGGGGAAGGUUUUUCCCACCAGCCCCGACGACUGGAGGAUUUUGUACCUCGAGGUCCCCAAGAAGCUGAAGGAGCUGCAGAAUGAGGGGUUUAAGCUCGUGGUGUUCACCAACCAGCUGGGCAUCUCCCGGGGGCGGCUGCGCCCGGAGCUGUUCCGGGCCAAGGUGGAGGCGGUGACGCAGCACCUCGGGCUCCACCUGCAGGUGCUGGUGGCGACAGGGCCGGGGAUCUACAGGAAACCAGUGCUGGGAAUGUGGGACCACCUGUGCCAGAAGGCCAACGGGGACGUGACGGUGUCGGUGCCCGACAGCUUCUACGUGGGGGACGCCGCCGGGCGCCCCCCGAACUGGGCCCCAGGGCGGAAGAAAAAGGAUUUCUCCUGCAGUGACCGAGCGUUCGCGCUGAACGCGGGGCUGCGGUUCCUGACCCCCGAGGAGCUGUUCCUGGGCUGGGCCCCGGCGCCCUUCGAGCUGCCGCCCUUCGACCCCCGCCGUCUGGACACGGAAAACCCCCCGGUGCCAUCCCGGGACGAGCUGGUGUCGAACCGGCCAGAGGUGCUGGUGGCCGUCGGCUUCCCCGGCGCCGGCAAAUCCACCUUCGUGAAGCGGCACCUGGUCCCGGCGGGAUACGAGUACGUCAACAGGGACACGCUGGGCUCGUGGCAGCGCUGCGUCAACGCCUGCUCCGCCGCCCUGGCCAAGGGCCGGCCCGUCGUCAUCGACAACACCAACCCCGACCCCGAGUCGCGACAGAGGCCGGUUCGGUGGUCGUGCGCCCGGGAGGCGUCGGUGCCGUGUCGGUGCCUCCAGUUCACCGCCAGCCUGGAGCAGGCGCGGCACAACUGCCGGUUCCGGGAUAUGACGCAGAGCGGCCACGUCCCCGUCACCGACGCCGUCCUGUUCGGCUACAGGAAACACUUUGUGGCCCCCUCCCUCGCCGAGGGCUUCUCCCAAAUCCUCAAGAUCCCCUUCGUGCCGGAUUUUGGGGACCCCCCGGACCCCCAACGCCGGCGCCUCUUCUUCCAGUUCAGCGACGGAUGAGCCGCCCCCCGACCCCCCCAAUAAAGGCACUGCCCCAAAACUGCCCCAAAUUCCUCCAAA